CCUCGACCAGCAGUUCUAGUGCUGCUUUACAGCACCAAGCUUUGAGACCAGAGCUAUAUGGCGAGUUCGAGCAGAAUGGUGAAAAAGAGUCUGAUAUUAAGGAGAUUGAAGAGCAUAGAUGGAAAGCUCUCUUUGAAGAAUUUUUCCUCGAUAAUAGUGAUAACAAACAUGACGAUUUGUUAUUCUUUGUGAGAAAGGAUGAAAAUGAAGAUCUUGAUCCAGUAUUCGUCAAACGAAAACCUACUCAGCGAGGGAUGUCACAAUUAGAGGUUGAUGAUGAAGUUUUGUGGAAAGAGACUUUCUAUUUAAAUUUGAUUGUUCAGUUAACUGUCGCUGUUUGUAAACGGUCAACUGAUGAGUCAAAUGGACCCACCCAAAAAACUAGCAUGGUUUGUUCCAAUAAACACGUAUCUAAGAGAGUUUACGCCCUUCCAACGAAGUCGCGAAUGGAUAUCAAAGAGGCAUCAAUGGAAUGUUCUUAUCCGUUAAUUUACUAUGUAAUCGAUGACUAUGAGGAUAUGUUUGAACAUUUAAUUGUAACCGAGGGAGAAUAUUUGUGUGUCGAGUUAGCAGCGACAAUAAAAAGCAAAUCGAAUGACGAUGAAGAUCUUAGUGACAUGGACAAUGAAAGCGAUGACGAUUACUACAAUGGACCCGCAAUCAAUCGUCGUAAUCAUCGCCAUCGGAGAUCAAUGACUAAUGGACCAUUUCCGCAACCUAAUGAUACGAAGAUUACCUUUUUUCAGGGUGCUGCUCCUUAUACAUCUUUGGUAGAUAUUUACAAGCAGAAGACAGCUAGUAAGUUAAACAGAAGGUUUAAGAUGGGCCCUGUAACACCACCUACAGAGUAUGUUAUGAUGCGAGGACCAGCUGCGAAAGGACACGCGCAGGUGGCGAUUACCGCUACGUCUAUAAAUGAUGAGGAUAUAUUGGAUAUCGCUAAUCCACCAUCUUUCUCUCUUAACAAUACGUCCGGAAAUGGAAAUUACAACACACUACAAAGCACACAGAAUGGAGGAACAUCAAAUCGGAAUUCACAAACGAUAUCCGCAACUUCGCUCUUUCAAACGUUGAAGAAAAUUUCUCAAUCUAUAACAGACAAAUCUUCGACAGAUCCGGAAAGCUUAAAAUGUUGUAUGACUUUCGUAAAUGUCCGUUGGGAUGAUAUUAUCAGGGACCUCGUAGCAUAUACAAAUAAACAGCGAUCAUAA